UGUAGUCGAAGUUAAAUUCACAAACACCACACACACGCACACACACUCCGUGCACACAUAUUUGUUUUGUAAUUUUGUAGUAAAUUUGGUGUUGCGUAGUGUGCAGAAUGAGCAAGGAAAUCAGCUUAGCCGAGGUGAAGAAGCACAACAAGUCCAACGAUCUGUGGGUGAUAAUCGAGGACAAAGUCUACGAUCUGACCAAGUUUCUGAAAGAGCAUCCUGGCGGCGAGGAUUCCCUGAAAUCUGUGGCUGGUCGCGAUGGCACCAAGGAGUUCAUCGAUGUGGGCCACAGCCAGGAGGCGCGCGAGAUUAUGAAGAAGUUCCUGAUUGGCAAUUUGGCGGCCAGCGAUAUUAAAAAGAAGAAGCCGCCCGUCGGUUGCCGGGAAAUCGGACUGGCCGUGGGCGGCAUUCUGCUGGGCAUGGCGCUCAUCUAUGCCUUCAAGCGUGCAACGGCCAAUAACUAAGUGUCUGCAGCAGGACUCGGCAAACGGCAACCGGCUGCGUCGCAAUGUUACAAAAACACUCAACUUCAUUCCGUGAUGCGUUUGAAAAUCUAACAAAACUAGUUAAAAAAACACUCUUUUUGAUAUUGUAAUUUUGUAAAGAACGUUGAUAUUAAACCUGUAAAGUCUUAAAUAGAACAAUUCUUAUAUAACAGAA